AUGGCCCCAACAUACAUCAAAGUCCCCGGGCGGGACAAUGAUGAGCAUGCGAGUGCGACCCUUACGCCAAAGAGCGCGCACAUGGCCACAACCACUCUGCGCGUUGGUGGCAUGACAUGUGGUUCGUGCACAGCAGCCGUCGAGGGCGGCUUCAAGGGCGUCAAGGGCGUUGGUACCGUCUCCGUCAGCCUUGUUAUGGAGAGGGCUGUCGUAAUGCACGACCCCCGGAUCAUCAGCGCUGAACAGGUUCGAGAGAUUAUCGAAGAUUGUGGAUUCGACGCUGAGCUGCUGUCGACGGACCUCUUGAGCCCACUCGUCCCUCGAUUCUCGGAUGCCAAGGGGGAUGAGGACAUCGAUAGCGGCCUCUUGACGACCACGGUAGCCAUCGAAGGCAUGACGUGUGGCGCCUGUACAUCUGCUGUCGAGGGUGGAUUCAAGGAUAUCCCAGGUGUCAAGAGCUUCAGCAUCUCGCUUCUUUCUGAGCGAGCCGUCAUCGAACACGAUCCAGAACUUUUGCCCACCGACAAGAUUACCGAAAUCAUCGAAGACCGGGGCUUUGGUGCCGAAAUCGUCGAUUCCGUGAAGGCGCAACCUGGCAGCAGUACCGAGGCUGAGAACCCAGCAAGUCAUGUCGUGACUACGACGGUAGCCAUCGAAGGAAUGACUUGCGGUGCCUGUACGUCUGCUGUUGAGGGAGGCUUUCAGGGAGUUGACGGCAUCCUGAAAUUCAACAUCAGUCUUCUGGCCGAAAGGGCAGUCAUUACUCACGAUGUCACCAAGAUCUCCGCCGAACAGAUUUCCGAAAUCGUUGAAGACCGGGGAUUUGGUGCUACGGUUUUGUCCACCGUCCCGGAGGCAAACGAUCUCAGCAGUACGACCUCGCAGUUCAAAAUCUAUGGCAGCCCGGACGCCGCCACUGCAAAGGAGCUGGAGGAAAAGCUGCUGGCACUUGCUGGUGUUAAAUCUGCUUCCCUCAGCCUAUCAACGGACCGCCUGUCCGUCACGCACCAGCCUGCCGUCAUUGGGCUCCGAGGGAUCGUCGAGGCGGUAGAGGCGCAAGGCCUGAAUGCUUUGGUGGCGGACAGCCACGACAACAACGCGCAACUCGAAUCCUUGGCCAAGACUCGCGAGAUCCAGGAAUGGAGGACGGCGUGCAAGACGUCCGCCUCGUUCGCCAUUCCGGUAUUCGUUCUUUCCAUGGUGUUGCCUAUGAUCUCAGACAGUCUGAACCUGAGUCUAAUCCACCUUGGCCAUGGUCUCUACCUCGGCGACGUCGUCAACUUGGUACUCACAACACCUGUUCAGUUUGGGGUUGGAAAGCGCUUUUACGUCUCGGCCUUCAAGUCGCUCAAGCACCGUUCGCCGACUAUGGAUGUGCUCGUCAUGCUCGGCACCUCCUGCGCUUACUUCUUCAGCAUCUUCUCCAUGGUCAUCUCUAUCCUCUUCGAGCCUCAUUCCCCGCCGGGCACGAUCUUUGACACCAGCACCAUGCUCAUCACCUUUGUGACCUUGGGCCGCUAUCUUGAGAACAGCGCCAAGGGUCAGACAUCAAAGGCUCUGUCCCGUCUCAUGUCUCUAGCCCCGUCGAUGGCCACCAUCUACACGGAUCCCAUUGCCGCGGAGAAGGCAGCAGAAUCAUGGGCCAAGUCAACCGAUACACCCGCGGAUGCGAAAGGCCAACCGUCUGGAGAUGCGAGCGGCUCGUCGUACGAGGAGAAGAGCAUCCCUACUGAGCUGCUUCAGGUGGGAGAUAUCGUCGUCAUCCGACCCGGUGAUAAGAUUCCGGCGGACGGCGUCGUUAUGCGAGGAGAGACCUACGUCGACGAGAGCAUGGUCACCGGAGAGGCAAUGCCGGUGCAGAAGAGGAUUGGCAGCAACGUGAUUGGAGGCACGGUCAACGGCAACGGCAGAGUGGACUUUCGCGUCACCCGAGCCGGGCGGGAUACCCAGCUCAGUCAGAUUGUCAAGCUUGUUCAGGACGCGCAGACGACGAGGGCGCCUAUUCAAAAGGUGGCCGACACUUUGGCUGGCUACUUUGUGCCUACAAUCUUGCUGCUCGGCAUCCUCACCUUCCUUGGCUGGUUGAUCCUCAGCCACGCCCUGUCGCACCCCCCUAUGAUUUUCUUGAAGAACACCAGUGGUGGCAAGGUCAUGAUUUGCGUCAAGCUGUGCAUCUCCGUCAUUGUAUUUGCAUGCCCUUGUGCUCUGGGCCUGGCCACGCCGACAGCUGUCAUGGUAGGCACGGGCGUGGGCGCUGAGAAUGGCAUCCUCAUCAAAGGCGGAGCUGCGCUGGAGCGAACCACCCAGGUUACCAAAGUCGUCUUGGACAAAACCGGCACAAUCACUCGUGGCAAAAUGGAGGUCGCCAAGAGCGGCCUUGUGUUUCCCUGGAAUGACAACGUGUCGCAGACCAAAGUCUGGUGGGCCGCUGUCGGUCUGGCGGAAAUGGGCAGCGAGCACCCUAUCGGAAGGGCGAUUCUGGCAGCGGCCAAGGCAGAAGUCGGCAUCCUUGAAGCCGAAGCCGCCAUUCCAGGAAGCGUCAAUGAUUUCAAGUUGACUGUUGGCAAGGGCAUCGAUGCUAUCGUUGAACCUGCAUUAUCCGGUGAUCGGACACGCUAUAGGGUCCUUGCUGGAAAUGUCACCUUCCUUGAAGAGAACGGCGUCGAGGUCCCCAAGGAUGCCGUCGAGGCAGCAGAGCGAAUCAACUCGUCCGUCAAGAGCUCACGAGCCAAGGCUGUGACUGCGGGCACGACCAACAUCUUUGUCGCCAUUGAUGGAAAGUACAGCGGCCACCUUUGUCUCUCCGACACCAUCAAAGAUGGGGCGGCCGGGGUCAUUUCUGUACUGCAUAGCAUGGGCAUCAAGACGGCCAUGGUGACGGGAGACCAGCGACCCACCGCCCUGGCCGUUGCCGCCCUCGUGGGCAUCUCUCCCGAGGACGUGUUUGCCGGCGUCAGCCCCGACCAGAAGCAGGUGAUAGUACAGCAGUUCCAGAACCAGGGAGAGGUGGUCGCCAUGGUGGGAGACGGCAUCAACGACUCGCCGGCCCUCGCUACGGCCGACGUUGGUAUCGCCAUGUCGAGCGGAACGGACGUGGCCAUGGAGGCCGCAGAUGUUGUGCUUAUGCGUCCCGACGACCUGCUGAGCAUCCCGUCCGCCAUCCACCUCACUCGGACCAUCUUCCGCCGCAUCAAGCUGAACCUGGCGUGGGCAUGCAUCUACAACAUUGUCGGCCUGCCCAUUGCCAUGGGUUUCUUCCUGCCGUUUGGCAUCCACAUGCACCCCAUGUUCGCCGGGUUCGCCAUGGCCUGCAGUAGCAUUAGUGUAGUGGUUAGCAGCCUGGCGCUCCGAUGGUGGCAACGACCGCAGUGGAUGGACGAGGCGUCCGAACCGGCGGGUGGCCUGCGCUGGAUGAGCGGCACGGGCAUCGUUGGCUGGGCUAAGGAGACGUUUGGACGCGUCAGGAGAGGGAAGCGUGAGGAGGGUUACGUGGCGUUGGAGAAUUUAGAGGUCUGAGUGGUCUUUUCAUUAUGCUGUUGUUGUUUUGUUUGUUUGUUGGAAAUAUGUUCCAGAGGACAGAGGGGAUUUUGGGAGGAGGGAACUUUUGAUUUAUCAGGAAGGGCUCGCUAUGGCCGGGCCGUGAAGCAUAGCGCGCGUGUUGAAAGAUUAUGUACGGAGUUUAGGAACAGAUAUCAGUCUCGUUUGUUUAUGUCAUGAGUAUUUGUUGGAAGAUUCAAUACAAUGUUCUCAAGGAUGGUUUGGCACUG